UGCUCCUAUGUCAUGGAUCGGAAGGGCGCUCGCUGCCCAUGGCGAAUCCCAGGGAGAAGGCUUCUGAAGACCACCCACUGACCUCUGACUCCACCUCAGUUCCUCUCCGCAUUUUCCUGAGCUCCAUCUCCCCCAAAUCCCCCCAUUUGCCCCAAAAGGGGGUUUCCUGCGAGGACUUGAUGCCUGAAGCCCUGGACGGUUUUGCUGAUGUGCCCGAGCUCUCCCAGACCCUCAUCCGAGCUGCAUUAGUGCUGGCCCUGCAAAGGGCAGGCUGUAGCCGGCGUGCCGAAACCCUCAUCCUGCGCCUCUACAAGGAGUUGGGACAGACAGAUACAGAUGACCUCCUGUUUGCGAUGGCCGGGACUCUGAACACCACUCGCUCCCCUGGUCAGAGGAAGAGCAGCGCUGCCUUGAGAUUCUUCUUGAACCUGCAGGCGCAAACACCGGUCCGGCACUGCCAGGAUCUGGUGCCGGUGAACGGAUCCUUCCUGCACGGCAAAAAAUACAGAGUCUACCAGGGCUUUGGGAUGGCUUCCAGAGCCUGUUACCGCCUACGGGAUUCUUGUGCCGGAGUGUCCUCUAAUGGCAGCAGUUUGUUCCAUGUGGUGACACGAGAGGGUAGCUAUCUCUUGCCCCAGCGUGGCGCCUACACCUGGCUCCGUAAGUGCCACGGGCCUGCAAGAGGGCGACGUUCCACCCCGGACAACUGUACUAGUGAGAUGGAGCAAAAAGUCCAUGCAGUCGUGAACUGGAUUCCUGGAGUCAGCACCGCCUACAACCUCGGAACCACCAUUUACUUUGCGGCCAAGGACUGCAAGGAGCUGGCAGAGGAACGCGGUAUAGAUACCGUGGUAGAUGUCAGCCAGGAUACACUGCUCGCAGUGACAGGUGGGGCAGGCAGCGUUUGGGGAAUGGGGAUUUCUGCAGCUCUAAAGCCGGCAGUCCGAAGCGGUGUGCAUUCUUUGAUACGCUACUUCCGAGAGAAGCAAGAGCCUUAUCCUGUCCCCUCCAAUCACUCAGGCUCCGUCAUCGUCAUCUAGUUGCAACAAAGCGUUUUCUCUUCUCAAUCAAGCGUUUCUUGCUAUAAAAUUGUAUGCUCA